GGCAUUCACUCACAGACAAAAAAAACUCUCACAUACAGUGUGGUGUAGUGUAUAAGAAGGUGUACGCAAAAGGAAUUUUUGUUGUUUAGAACCCUCCAUGAACCCUCCAUGAUGUCGGAAAGCUCCGGAACUCUCUUCCUUCGACCUACCCUCUACCGUAUUUAUGCAAUAUUAGUUCAUAUCGGAUCUGGGCACUAUUACUGCUUCAUACAUGCUGCCCCAGAGGCAUGGUAGAAGUUUGAUGACUCAAAGCCUCAAAGGUAUAUGCCAUUCUCAAAGGUUACCCGAGUAGAUGAAGAUUUUGUCAUGUCUCAGGAGGCAUACACUCUUUUUUAUGCAAAACAUGGCACUUCAUGAUUUUCAGAUUUCACUAAAACACAAAAUUCACUAUACCCAAACCCAUAUCUAACACUUCUCCCUAGUCAGUUUUAGAUAAUGUAGAUCCCAUUUCCACCGUACAUCCAAUUACCUGUGCUGUUGAAGUUCCAUCUCCAACUACAUUUAGCAGAGCGAACCAGGAAAGAGUAAUGGUAAGCGAGGUAAAUGCAGGCCCACACAUGAUGCCAACUCCUGUAUUUCGUGUUGCAACUAAGUCUUCAGAAGUUGGGGAAAUGCCUUCUCUAUCAUCUCCUCUGGAACAAAGCAGCAACAGACAGAAUUUUGACAUUACUAAGCUGCAUUCAAAUGAGAUUCCUAAAACACCGCCAAGAUCUCCAAGCCGAGAAAUUUACAGAGAGGACUCCCUUGAUGAUGUACAUUCAAUUCCACGUGCACAUCUGGCGUUGGUGGAUCCAGUUUCUUGUCAAAAAAGAGAAUUGCAGAAGAACCCAGAGACGGAUAAGAAGAGAAAGGAGGCAGCUUUGCCAGUUAGGAAGAGAAUGCAUGGCUCAAGAGCCUAUCAAAUAAUGGCUGCUUUGAGAGGAACACAGAGUGAGAGCGCUGUUGACAAGAAGAAGAGAAGAAUGAUGGCUUCUUCACCGAUCAAAGGUAGCAGCAGUGAUAGGCAUAAGGUGCAGCAGAACCUAGAGACGGAUAAGAAGAGAAAGGAGUCCGCUUUGCAAGUUAGGAAGAUAAUGCCUGGCUCCAGAGCCAAUCAAUUAAUGGCUGCUUUGAGAGGAACACAGUGUGAGAGCGCUGUUGACAAGAAGAAGAGAAGAAUGAUGGCUUCUUCACCGAUCAAAGGUAGCAGCAGUGAUAGGCAUAAGGUGCAGCAGCAGCCUAUUCAAUACUUUAACAAAGUCUACAAGAGGAGAAAUAAGGAGUCUAUUAUGAAUUAAAUAUUUAGUUCUGUUAGUUUACCCCUGCGUGGGUUAUUACUAUAAAUAGGAGGGUGUGAGCUAAUUAACUAAUUAAGGUAGGCUGUUAUUCUAGGAGUUGGCUUGGAGAGUGGGCUUCUCGAACAAUCCCAUUUACAUUGUAUACCUAUUGUGUUAUAAAACAAUCCCAGUUGUUAUACUUGAUUACCGCCAGUGUUUUAUCAUUGGUACCAGAGCACUCGCUCCUGGUGAUCGGAAUUGAGUGGUGACUUCAGCAAAACUCUGGUUUCAGUGGUGAAUGGUCAGAAUGAAGGCAAAAAUGGAGAUUUGCAUGGAUAUUCUGGAGCGAAAUCUGAUGGAGAUGCGGGAAGUGCAGGGGCGAAAAUUGUUGGAGGUGCAGGAGGAUUAACAAUCAUUGAUGAAUGAUCACCGUACUGCAAUGAUAAAUUUGGCGGCAAACAUGGCGGCAUCCAUGGCCGUGAUGAAUGAACUUGCAACUUUGGUCCAGGGAGAGAUCGCGAUCUCAACAUCGGCAUCAUGUGCAAUCAAACAAUCCGAUGACAUUUGGAGGUCAUCCCAAUCGCACUCGCAUCCAAAAUCACACAGGAUAAGAGGAUAAUAAUGGUUUACAACUCAAACUGGUAGAAAAAAUGAUUUACCUGUUUUUACUGGAGAGGGUGCUUAUAAUUGGAUUGCGAGGAUGAAGAGAUAUUUCCGUCUGAAUCACAUCAAUGAAGAGGAACAGGUGGAACAUUUGGAAGGGGCUAUUAAUUGGAACAUUUGGAAGGGGCUAUUAAUUGGAACAUUUGGUGGGAACAUCAGAUGCUUAGCUUGAAACAGACUGAAACAGUGAAGGAAUUCAGGGAUAAGUUUGAAAGGGUCAUAGCACCUCAGAUUAAUGUGGACAUGGGGAUUCUGAGAGGGAUAUUUACCCAUGGUUUGAAGGAUGCGAUAAAAGCUGAGUUAAAACUACAUAAUUGCAAUUCAUUAGUUGAAAUUAUGGACAAAGCUCUAUUGAUUGAGAGUAGAAAUGAAGCUGUUUAUCUGAGAAGAAAGGAGGAGGACAGGUUAUCAUGUAAGGAGAAGGGACCUACAACUACAAAAUCUCUGAUAUGGGUAGAUGGAUUUAAAUCAAAACUAGGAAACUCUUGGUCCAAUAAUACUGGGAAGAGUACAACUGAGACUAAGAGCAAUCCUACUUUUUAAUCCUAUGGGGAAGAAAAUAACUGAAAUAAAUCCCUCUGAUAUGAAAAGGGUGGGACCACAACUCUUACAAGAAGAAUAUCAGGAAAGGAGCAGAAAGGGACUUUGUUUCAAAUGUGGUGAGAAAUGGAGCAAGGAACAUACGUGUAAACUGUUAAAUUACAAGUUAAUACUUGUAGAAGAUUUAGAAGAGGAAUCAGAAAAUGCAGAAGUGGUAAUUCGAGAAGAAGAGAUUGUAAUGGAAUCCAAAUCUAUGCAACUCUCCCUGAUGAGCAAGGAACAGUACCUUCUAUGAGGUCUUUCAAGGUAAAAGGAGUUUAGAAUGGGCUGAAGGGGAGGCAGAAGUUGAUAGAAGAGAGCAAAGUGCAUCCAGUGUUUCAUAUUUCACUACUGAAGAAGGCUAUAUCACUUCAUCAUCUACAACUGAUUUCCAGCCCCUACCCAAAUGCCUCAAUGAAGAAUGGGAAUUACAGAUAAUACCUGAAGGAGUUGUAGACUCCAAAGUGAACAAAGGGAAGAUUGAAGUGCUGAUACCAAGGUUUGAGGAUUCUUGGGAAUCACUGCAAUCACUGACAGAACAAUUUCCAGACUUUCACCUUGGAGACAAGGUGAAUUUUCAGGGAGGGAGUAUUGAUAGGCACAAGGUGCAACAGCAGCCUAUUCAAUACUUUAACAAAGUCUACAAGAGAAGAAUUAAGGACUCUAUUAUGAAUUAAAUAUUUAGUUCUGUCAGUGUACCCUUGCGUGGGUUAUUACUAUAAAUAGGAGGGUGUGAGCUAAUUAAGGCAGGUUGUUAUUCUGUUAGGAGUUGACUUGGAGAGUGGGCUUCUCGAACACUCCCAUUUGCAUUGUAUACCUAUUGUGAUGUCCUCCCUAUUUCAACAAACACUUUUCAAUCUGUUCUUCAUAUAUUUUCCAUAAAAUUGUUGUUUUACUUGAUUACUGCCAAUGUUCUAUCAAU